AUGGACGACCUUAAGGGGGAGCGCGCGCGGAUCGACCCAGUGGCCGCACGUGGUUCAGCCUCUGCCGCGCAGCAGGUGCUGAACGGCUCAGCCGGUGCUGCGCGCAGGCGCGACUCGAGUCGCGCGGACGGCGGCCUUCCAACGGCCUACCCCCCCGCAGCUGCGGCGCUGGAUGCCGUGCCGCUCGCCCGCGAGCCCCUGGGCCCCCCGUGCCACCUUGCCGCCCGCUUCCCUCCUCUCCCCCACGCCCUCGCCUUUGCCUUCCCUUCCGCUGCCGUUCCUCAGCCUGCUAGCCGCGGCUGGGAACGCGCGGGCGUAGCGCAGCCGGGGGUGGUCGGGGCGCUUAACAAAAUCCAGCAGCGACGGUGGGGAAGCGAGAGAACGGCGGGAGUGGCGCCAGUCGCGCCAGCGCUGCCAUUGGAUCCGCCCCCCUGCUCUGCCCUCGACUGCGAAUACCCGCGCCACGGCACCUGCUCCGCCGCCUCCACCUCCGCCGCUCCACAGCAGGCCGUCGCGCCCCCCAUUCUCCCGCCUCACCCCCCGCCACUUGCAGCGUUCCCCCACUGCUUGGCGCAGGUGGCGCGCUCACAUCGCAGUGCGCAUCCCAGGUCGGCGGGGAUGGGCGCAGCAGGGCGGGGUGGCGCAGAUGAGCAGGCGGGAACAAUCGCGAGGGUGCUGCAGCAGCUGGCGGAGAGGAGGGCUGCGCAGUUGGGGCAGGCGGAGGAAGACAGCAAGGAGGUGCGGGCAAGGGGAGGGCAAGCGUGUGGGGCGCUGACAGCAGGGCAGGGCGGCGAAGGGGGCGAUGAGAGCAACAACGACAGUGACGUGCUGGACGAGCCAAUCUGCACGCAACAGUACCCAGCUGCCGCUGCUGCUAUGGGCGCGCGUGCACAGUGCAGGGUGCCGAGCGGAGAGGAUGCGUCGGAGGCUCUAGUGGACGCGUGGCUGGCGUGCCCUCCAAGGCCCCCUGGUGCCGGCAUACCGGCUGCUGCAGCGAGUCCAAGUGGGAGUGCGAGGGUGGAGCUGGCAGGACAUGGGAGCGGCUGGGGUGGGGGAGGCACGUGGGUGUACGGACCACAUGAGCACAUGGCGCGUUAG